UCGUGGCUAGCUACUGGCUAGGAAGCAGGACAGACACAAAUCCCCUUGAAUUGAUCAUCGUUGGCUCGACUCGGAGUGCUCCUGCUCCAUCCACUGACCCUGACUAGUACUAAGUCACCCCUCAGCCCUCAUACCCGCUGGACCCAUGGUUAGCGGGGGGAUGGCUGCUCCUGCAUGGUCGUCCACGGGUCGUCUCGGGACGACGUCGCCCACACCCUCGUCCGACUCGUCCACGUCGGGUGACUCGGAUGGGAUGGUCACACCCCCCUGGGUUGGGGGUUGUCCCGAAAGGGAGGCUGCGCCCUGCGCCCUAGAGUGCCAGCUCUUGGGCGGAGACGAUCACCCAUUGUGGCUGCGACCCCACUCGUUGGAUCUGGACGAUUUCACGCGGUUUCUCCGGGCCGCCCGCUCGCCGGGCGGUCUGAACGCCGAUCUCGACUUGGCCCAGCAUUACCCACGGGUGGCCCACUGGUUUCAGGGCCUGCGUUCGGCCUCGGAGGCCCAAGCCACGGCCGUACUGGAACAUCUUGUGAAAUUGCUGGGUCAAGCUCCGGGACCCGAGGCAGCGCUGGACGCCACUUGGGCCGCCGUGAUGGCGGCUACUUGCGUCGACGUGGAUCCGCCCCAGCAUUCGCCGGAUGUGACGCCCUUCCCCGCGGGUUGGACCUUCAUUCCGCGCUCGAAUCGUUGGGAUUUUGACCGCAUCUUGUUGUAUGCCUUCCGGCGGUUGGCCAAAGUGCCCGGGUUUCAACCCGAUCUCGAGCUCAAGCCCGGACUCAGCUGUUUGUCCUGGUUGCAAAGCCUGGUGCGCCAUUUGCUCGUCCAGCACGAUCCCCUGCCUCAAACGGCGGAUUUGGCCGAAUUUUUCGGCGUGCUCACCCGCAUUCACCCGCAAGCCUUGGAGCCUAAUAGCGGGGCUCUGGGUGCCUGGUUCAUCUAUAACAACGAAGGCCUCGACGCCCAUGGCCUGAUCCGCGAUAUCUUAAACGCGGCCCGUCAAACCCGACAAGUCCCCAAAUUUGUGUCCAAGUUGAUCAUUGCCAUGCUAGAACAUCGGGCCAUUCUCAAGUUCCCGGCCAGCCAGCCUCUCGUCUUGGACGAAUUGAACGCCGUCAUCCCGAAAUUGCCGUUUGGCCAGAUCUUGGACAUCGGGCGCACUUUCAACUAUCACUACGAACACGACAUGCCCGCUUUGGCCGCGCCGGAGGAACCCGUUCAUCAGGCCUUAGAUGACUUGAUGGCCUCGUUCUUCAAGCACAUACCGGUCCUGGAUCAUCAAGUGCCUCGUCCCGUUUUGGACAAGGUGGUAAAAAUGGUCCAUCACACGGCCAAGGUCAUGGCCGAUUUCUCACUUCGAUGCGAUCAUGGACUCUAUCGCACUCCGUUAGCCGUCGUGUCGUUGGCCGUGCACUUGGCCCAUUAUCGAGAAAUCCCAUUUCCGAGCUUGAUCACCGCCCAGAACGCUGAAUACGUGGAAUCACGUUUUUCCCACCAAUAUCCUUUCCUCGCUCAGCAGAUGUAUAGUCUCGUGCCAGGGACGAAACCUCGCAUGGGGCCCAAAUCUUGGCCAUUUCCUGCCGUCAUGCUAUCCUCGCUCAAGAGUCUCCCACCAGGUUAUCAGUUCUCUCAUAUAGUCAACAGUAUCCGGAGCUACUUGAGUAUGGAGCAUCUGCCAAAUUUCCAUGGGGUGUUUGCCGAGGAUGCCCGUCUUCAGAGUGCCUUGCUCAUGGCUAUUAUUAUCGAUAUGGCCGACAAACUGGACGUGGACGAGACUUGCUCCAAUGUGCUCCGGCCAUUGGUGCGGGGCAAUUUUCGAUUGCUGCUCGACUUUGAGGAUCCCAAUCACCCCGAGCUAUUGAAAGCCAUUAGCAAAAGCUUUGGAUUUUUGGCCCAGUCCUUGUUUGCGGAUGUGUCCAAUCCCAAUCUGGAUUACCACUACUUCAAAGUACCCCUGACGGUCAUGAAAGAGCUUGAUCUGAGAAACCUCCACCCGACGAUGAAAUCGCUCGCAUUCAUCGUGAAUUAUCUUCUGGCCGCCACGUCUUGCUAUCAUGAAGCCACGAUCUCAACCAUCGUGAACCUGAGGCUGAUUUGCGACGUGUUUACCACCCCGUUCGAUGGUUUCAACCAGGCUGAUGGGUUUGCGCUAUUGUGGGAGUGUAGCAAAUUCAAAAUGCUUGGCCUAGAGUUAGAAACUCCGAUUUGGGAUAACUUUGCCAGAAUUGUGAAGCUCUACAUAAGUCGAAUUCACUUGUACGCGGUCAAGUUUCCGGGGACUUUGGGACUCAUCAAGAAAUGUUGGGCAUCGGUUCAUUCCGAGGGAGACUAUCGCCAACAUCGUGUGUUUGCCAUUUUCAUGGACGAAAUCGCCAAACCCAUUCUUCAUGGGGACGCCACUCAUCCGGAAAAGGUUGGAAUUUGCCGGGAUCUGUUUGAGGAAGGCAAAGACAAACUUUUUGAGCUCUUGAAGGUGGCCUUGAAAGAGCGACAGAACACCCUGCUUCUGCAGAUUGCCUCCACUCUAUUGGGGGUUCAUGCUAAACUGAAUGACACCUCUAUUCAUCGCCAGGACAAAUCAAAGAUAUUGAAUAUCAUCCUGAGGUGGUCAUUAGCGGACCAGCAGACGCCAAUGCCCACCCGAUUGUUGACCACCUUGUUCAAGAAUCUGACAUUCUAUCGAGAUAUCUUUCCUUCACAGCUAGACAAAAACGUGUUUCGAAAGUUGGCACUGAUGCAAGUAAAUGUUUGGAGUGAAGGUUUUUGCGUGUGCAAGAAAGAAGCCUUCCCACACUUUGCCGAAAUCGCGCAGUGCUAUUUCGAAAACGUCCCCGCUGAGGAUUGCAUCCUGAAAGAUUUGACCAGUAACGCUUCAUGUUGUUAUACCAUGAAGUUCUGGCGUUGUUUCUUGCGGGCUCGGAAAAGCAAGGGAGUCACCGAUUUAGGCAGGCCCAUUCUCGAAGACCAUCUCCUCAACCUGUACAAAAAAGCUCUGGCAUGGAGUCCGCAGAGAGAGGUCAUCCAACAUCUGGUCUUUCUGUAUGAAGAUAUCUCGAAAGCAGACGAGCCAAUGGUCGGGAGCCAUUUAGAGGCUAACUUUCUUCACCUUGUGGGCAAUUCACACUACACUGAGAAAUUUAGUUCCUAUUGGUUGGAGAUCAACCAGGUACUUUCGAAUUUUGUACAGCGUCGCUAUUUUCGAGUGGUUCAGCCCCGGAUUCCUAUGUUUAUGGUAGCCAUUGAUAAUCUUAUCAAAGGGGUCCGUAUUCAAAACGGACGCGAGGAUAAGAGUCUAGGAGAUGCGGAAACAAAUACCGCUUACAGAGCUUGCGAAUUGGAUAGGACCCUAAGUCUUCUGAGGAAUCACAAGGACGACUUGACACGCGUGGUCGUGCAUCUUAUGCCGAGUCUCCUGAACACACUAAGCCAAGUGAUCUCGCACGUGCCGACUAAAAAGGCCUUGAACUUGGCCAUCUACCAUGUCUUGGAUUUAUGUGACGAACAUUCGGUCAAUUUCCUCAUGGGUAAUUUGGGGCCAGAUUUGAUUGAAUUGGGGCGGCAAGUGGUCCAAGACCACAAGACGUUUCAUCGUUACAAAGGCACCGUUUAAUACAAUUUUUGCUACCUUAUCGAUUGGAAUUGCCGUGAUCAUUAUUCGUUGUACCAAUCUAGAAAUAGAAGCGAGAACGACAUCACUAAC